UUUAAAUUCCAGUCCAAACCGUUGUGCUACACAACUGCGCUAUUUGUGAUGAUAUGAUGUUACUAUUAUAUAUUUUUUAUCUCUUUCUAUUUUUUUUUAUACGUUUCACUUUUAUUUGAAUGAAGUAUGUUUUUCGCAAUAAGCACCAUAAUGCUACUAUACUACAGAUUGUUACAAAAAAAUUGGCAAUAAAUUUACAAUGAAUUCAAGUAUCUUCGUCUUUUUACUUAUUGGAUGUGUUGUGGCAGAUAUAACAGAAGAAGAUGGAAAUGCGUAUGUUGACAAAAUACUCAGAUCGUUAAAAGAUUAUUCUGAUUUAAUAUCAAUGCCUAUGCAAGACCGUGAUAUUCAUCUACUUAAAUUACCUUUUGCUAAAGAAGUUGCCAUUGAAGUUCGUUUAAGAAAUGGCGAACUGAACGGUUUAUACAAUAUUAAAAGAAUAAACGAUGUAGUCGUGAAUAGCAAUUCCGAUUCUGGUUCAAUCAAAGCGAAUUUAGAUUUAGAAGCAGUUCGUGUAAAUUAUAAUACUACCUUUAAAAUGUUUAAAAAAGAAACGAACUUUAAUUUAUCUGCUAUUAUGGAUAAUGGAAAUGUUAUUUUGGAUCUUCGAGUAAACAAAGAGAACAAUAUAGUAUCGAUUAACGAAUUUAUUUUGGAAAAAUUAUCAGGUUUAAAAGUACAUAUCGAUGUUAUCGGAAACAUAUUUCAAUGGAUCGAUAAUGUUGUUAAAUCGGCUCUUGUGAACUCACUCACGCGUGAUCUUACAGACAUUGCUACCGAAAAAUUAAGAAGUGCUUUUGAAUGUGAAAUUAAUAAACGACCAUUUGAAACAGCAUAAAACAAUUUUAUAAAUAAUGCAAUAAUGUUUACAUAUAAAUUUCAAUUACUAAAAUGUUGUAUAACAAUAAAAACAUAUCCAAGUAAUAAAAUAAGUAUUUUAAAGUAAACUAUCCUUGUCUUUCUCUGUUAGAAAGAAACGAUGAGAAAUAUUUUCAUAACAGAUUUAAAUAUUAAAAUUAGUAUUUCUGUAUAAUUUUUCAGUGUGGACGUAUAUGUCAUAUAGAAUUUAAUUGAUAGAUUACAUUCAAUUUAACUACGAGUGUAUUUAUUUUUACGAUCCGGGGAUAAUCAAAAGUACCGAGCACCUCAACACGUGUAGAUAAAAAUGGAAAGGCCACCCUGUGUUUGUUUUUGGACUCUAAUUUUGCUUCCAGCAUGAUCCGACUCGCUCGGAGCUUUCGAUUUGAGAAAAGAUUUGCCUUCUUUGGGAUUCGAAAAAUUUUGCUCCGGGUCCAGGUUGAAAUUAUACUGUAUAAUUUAUUAAAAUGUUUGAUUAAUUUUUAACUGUUUAAUAAAUUAUUAGGUAGAUCUGUGAGUUAAAUUCAACCUCGAACUAUUUGCCAAACUCAAUUUUUCGCAAAACUGUCAAAAUCUUGACUAUCACAAGU